CAGGCGUAAAUCGUGGCAGCUGCUGGCGGUUUCACGGUCGCCAAAUGGAAUCCCCGUUCCCGCUGCACCUGUCAAGUGCACUUUCUAAAGCGUGACUCAUGCUAUUGCUGACCAUUGCUGACGAGGGGGUAAAAAAAAGGCUGGAAUGCCGUUCUCGGCAACUGUCUAAUUUAUCAGCCGUCUGGGUGAUAAUCUCCAGGAUGAUGGAGGAACCACUGAGUCAGGGUGCCUCACCAUCCAGCGACGGCAACUUCCCGGCGGGUGGCGGCGGCGAACUCAACUCGACCACCACAGUCGGUCUGGACGAGAGGAUACUGGACGUCUCGUCGCGGCAUACCCUGAACGUCCUUAGAACCCCACCGACGAAGAAAGCCAAGAGAGUUCGAUUCUUCCGCAACGGAGACAAGUAUUACACAGGUGUGGUGAUGGCAGUGACGCCUGAGAGAUAUCGCAGCUUCGACAGCCUCGCGUCCGAUCUGACCCGUGCUCUGGUGUCGAGCGUGACCCUGCCGAGCGGUGUGCGAGCGAUAUACACUAUGGAUGGCCGCAAGGUUCAGAGCGUCGGCGACCUAGAGGAUGGCAAGUGCUACGUGGUGUCUGGCCAGGGCGAGAUGUUUAAAAAGGUGGAGUACUCGGCAUCCAAGGUCCGUCGUGGGAGCUCGUUGUCUGGGCUGCCGCAGUCGCCGGCAGCCAGCAGCGGUGGCGGUGGCACCGGCAGGCAGACCAGCGCCAUUCCGCUGUGCGUGAAAGCGCGCAUCGUGACGCUGAUCCGCCACGGUACCAAGCCGCGUAAGGUGAUGCGCUUGUUGUUGAACAAGCGCAACGCGCCGAGCCUCGAGCACGCGAUGGAAGCGAUUACGGAGGCGGUCAAACUCGACACUGGAGCGGUGAGAAAGGUGUACACGUUGUCGGGUCAGCAAGUGACCUCGCUCGAGCAAUUCUUUGAGAACGACGACAUCUUCGUGGCCUACGGCCCGGAGAAGUCUGUACAGGAAGAUUUUGAGUUGGACUUCGAGGAGAGUAAAUCUGUUCAGAGCUUCCGCCGAUGUCCGUGGAGCUCCAAACGACAGAGCGGCCCGAUGCCGCGGAUGCCGAGGAAGUCUGGCAAGAAGGCGCUCACCACGCCGCAAGUCAGGACCCCUAGUCCUUCAUCUCUGAUAUUGCCACAGCCUCUGAGAUUGCAUUACACCGUGGGACACAUCAUUGGGGACGGAAACUUUGCUGUCGUUAGGCAUUGCACGCACAAAUCUAGCGGUGCUGAAUACGCUAUGAAAAUUGUGGAUAAGUACAAGUGUCAAGGGAAGGAGACAAUGCUAGCAAGCGAAGUAGCGAUACUGAGACAAGUCUGCCAUCCCAAUAUAAUUAGUUUGAUCGCGGAACAAGAUACUGCCGAUCAGCUGUUUUUAGUUAUGGAACUCGUCAAGGGUGGAGAUUUAUUCGAUGCAAUCGCAGUUGCGACCAAGUUCUCCGAGGCAGAAGCGAGUGUGAUGAUCAGUCACUUGACUUCCGCCUUGGCUUACCUACAUUCGCACCAUAUCGUACAUCGCGACGUGAAGCCGGAGAAUCUUUUAGUCGAGAUGGACGGCAGUCACGUUAGAUGCUUGAAACUGGGCGAUUUCGGACUCGCACAGGUAGUGCGAGAACCUUUGUACACAGUCUGUGGUACGCCCACUUAUGUGGCACCAGAAAUUCUCGCCGAAACUGGAUAUGGUUUAAAGAUUGAUGUGUGGGCGGCCGGAGUAAUUCUAUACAUUCUCCUUUGCGGCUUUCCACCGUUCGUAUCGGUAGAUAACGAACAGGAAGAAUUAUUUGAGCGUAUCCUGAGCGGUCAAUACGCAUUUACAGCACCGUAUUGGGACACGAUAUCGUUUUCCGCAAAGCAGCUCAUCACGAACAUGCUGCAGGCACAGCCUGAACUUCGCUUCAGCGCGGAGGACGUGCUAGAUCAUCCGUGGCUCGCGCAGAGCUUUCUAGGAGGCGAGCAGACCGCAGCAACAGCAACAGCCACCGACGCAUCGGCGGAGCAAUACUGGAAUCAGCAGUGUAAGCCGAUAAGAUUGGCUACCUUUGAGUUCGACUUCAAGAAACAGCGCAGUCAACGACAGGGUGACGACACCACGACAAGAACCGAUUGGAAGAGUGAUAUUAAUCAUUGCGACGUACCGGAGUUCAUCAAUGCCCAGAGAAAAUCGAAUGAUGAAAAUCGCGAUGAAAUCGAUUUUGCCAACGGCAAUAGCAACGAAAAUGAUUUAGUGUCUCUUAGCUACGACUGUCUGAAAGAUGUCAAUAGUCUGAGUCGAUCAAUGCACGACUUAAUAGAUAAUCUCAACGACAACAGAAGGCCGCGACGCCGUCUUGAAUCGCAAAGCGCUACGUCGUCGCUCAACAGCAUUCCAGAAAAUUUAAAUACGUUUAAUUAUCGCAGCAAUUCACCGAUUUGUCUCGAUGAAAUCGCCGAAAAGACUUGCAGGGAUUAUCGAGGCGAUCGGAAAAACGGAAACUCGGUGAAAGAGCCCAAGUACCUCCAUUCGAACUGUGAGACGCCAAAGUCGGCGAAGAAAUCUGUUGUCACGAAUCGGAAGAACGUGUACGGGAUGAGUCGUGAGAGCAGAUUCGACAGCGAUGAUUUCCGUAAUAGCAACGCAACUGCGUCGACAUCGAGUGACAGUUUGACUGGCGACAGUUCGACCGGCAAUGACAUCGAGACUUCCGACAGCUUUGUAAACAUUCAAUUCGCACGAUUGGCACGCGGGCAAAAGUCGAGCUCGACACAAAGCAUGGAGUCGACUGACAGCUUCGAGAAUGUGAGUUUCCGAUACACGAACCGGAACAACUGUCUCAAGGAUCAUUUAUCGCAGAUUUCUUCAAAGCUCGUCAACAACCAGGAUCAGAAUGCGCCUACCGCGAGGAUACUGCAAACCCGAAUAGCUGUGUUGAAAACAUUAAGAUCACCUAAACUGGACAAUCAGUCCGACAAAAAGAACUGUAACAGUCCGUUCAGUAGGGUGCAAGAAAUGAACAAGUCGACAAAGAACGAGCCAGUGAAACUACGGCAUGAAGGAUACAUUAAUAAGAAGAGUCAGAUAGAUUCAAGAAAUGCCAAGAGCAAGAGAUACAGUUGCUUUUCUCCAUGCGCAACAAAGAGAUUGCCCGAGGAAGUUGGCAGCAGCGGUGAUAAAGUUACAACGCGGAAGUUUAGCUCGACUGAUGAAUUGCGCGACGAAACUAGGCAGACGCCGACAACGCGUUUAAAGCGGUUUAGCCUGUAUUAUACACCACAGCCGUUGAGGAAGACAUACGAGAGUGAAGUGAAGACCGGGAGGAUCGCGUACAAGCCGGCGGGUCGCGUUCAGCGAUCCGAGACGAAUAAGGGAAGGGAUGGAGAGGAGGUUGAAAAAGUACAGAGGUUGGAAAAAGUAGACAGGAGCCGGAGAUCAGUGAUGGACGCUUCGACGAUUGCUAGCAGGGGCAAAUCCAACAGGCAAAAUGUUCACGUGAGACCAAGCGGCGUACUGAACGUGGCCAGAACGAAGUGAUAACGAGUAGAAGAAUCAAGAUGAUUCGCCGAAGAUGUGUGGACGCUGUGACGAAAUCCAAAGUCCAAGCGCUUUACAAAUGGGACAAUUGCGAUAUUGGUUAAAAUCAUUAAGUUGGUUGACACUCUUGCGUAGCGAUCGAAAAAGCGAGCCUCGAAGUUGACAACUAUUUUCUUAGCGAGUGCGUACAUGCGUUGAGAAAAGUUCCGCUUUAAACUGUACUAUGAAAUUACCAACAACUAAGUAGAAUGACACUAAACAUUUUGCGAAGGAAGAAACGAUCUCAUAAUCCUUAGAUUUGGGACUUUCAAGUCUGACGGUAUUAACGAAAAGCAUUGUAGCCUAUCGUAAUCGAUAAUAUCUAUUUUUUCCAAAAGCUUUCAGUUUAUUAGUUACGAUAAACACAAAAAGAGUUAAAUACAAAACGAGGAAUUACAAAGUCACAAUAUUUUUUUACGGUAUACAACUAAUGAAAUGGCGUAGGAAAAUAAUUGUACAGAUUUGUAAAAUACAGUUAUAACACUUUUCAUUGAUGCCAUCCAGAAAGAAAUCCUCAAAUCUUGUAGAUUAUUCAACACAGAGUAGUGUGAGAUGUUGCAGAACUGUUUUUAAUUUACAUACAUUUCGAUACAAUUUUUAUUACUGUUGAAGAUUGAAAUAGCUGAGAAAGACCAAAGACAGAUACAUAACUGCGAAGUACACAAGAUUUUUCAGAAGAAAACUGGAUAAAAAUUCAUAUCUGCAAAAAUUAUACUUACCAGUAUUAACUUCUAGAGUUAAUCUGGAGGACUUGUAGAUUAUUAAAAUCCCGGUUGAAGAAAUUCGUCCUUUUUUAGAUACCCUUUUAGUUAGAGUAAGAAUAAUAUAUAUAUAUAAUUUCGCAAUAGAGAGUGCUAAUUGAUGUAACCAGUCCUUAAUCGUCCGGGAUUAGAGGAUGACUAUGUCAAUAGUGCCGAUGUAGUAGUAGAUCGAUAGCGAAUGAUGAUGCCGGCGAAGAUUGAAACGGACGAGUUUGGAAUUAAGAACAAAACAUGCCAAAUGCAUUUAAGUAGGUUAUUUUAUAUAUCGGAUGUCUAGUACACCACGUAAGUCUAGCUAUAGGUAAAACGCAAAUAGACGGAGUAUUCAACCCUUUCGAUUCCAUGGCGCGAAACAGGCUUCAACAGACUAUGUGUUAACGUGAAAAUUAAUCUUGUGGCGACUCUUGGCUUAUUUAUAUUGGUAUUUACAUGUCUCGUUUUAAAUUAAGGGAAAUUUGUCUUAGGUAAAAAUGCGAUUUUAAGGUAAAAGUUACACCGAGAGUAGGUUCUUUUCUUGAAGAGUGCAAUGUAGAAACGAAAGGGUUAAGGUAGAGAAUAAUAAUAGUAGGAGGAUAAAGCUUCAUUUUCGAGCGAUUAGCGAUUGGUAUUAAUAACACAAGAAUUUUCGCAGCGGAAGACAAAGGGCGACGAAUUGGGUGAUUUUGGGAUGCUGGAUAAGCGUAGUGCACAUUGAACUUACUCAAGGAAAGGCGAGAAGAUAAUUAUUUUUAUAAAGGAGCCGCGUCGUAUUAGCAAUAAGAUGUGACACUGGAAAAUUGACAAACGAGUGCAUGCGCUGCAGAAAAAGAAAGAUGACUAUUAUUAAAAUUAUUUUUGUAGGUGUUGAUAAAGUGAAGGCAAGAAUUGACAGUGUCAUCUUUAUCACACUGGAGAAUAUUCUUCCGCAGACUUAUUGUCAAUUUUAUCCAAUUAAUGAAGGACGGUUUGAAAAGGAGCAAAACAUUGUGAAUUUUUGACAUCCGAAAGUUUCAAAAAUACUCAAAGAAUGAGUUACUUUUAAACGUCGAGAUUCGUUCAAGUCUUGGCUGAACUUUAUCAAUUGUGAAAAUUGUCAGAAUCAUAACAUCGCGCUCUUUGUCGCUCGAUCGUUGCUAAUCUGUGGUCUCACUUUUGCUGCAGCGAUUCCCGACGAUUUUCGUAUCGCGCUCGUGUGAUGUCUGUCGACAAAUCGUGUACAUACAUAAUUAUAAUGACGUGUGUGUAAGGCUUGAUUACUCGUGAAAUGAUGAAAACAAUGUUACUGUGAUUCGUUCGCUCGUCAUUCAUUUAUUCGCGUUUCCUAGCGCGGAGUCCGAACUUAAGAAUUUUGUUAAUAAACGGUAAUAAUUACUCUUUUGUUUCUCGUUCUUGUUUUGUUGUAUUGUUCUUUAUGUCGUAAUAAGCGUACCGACUUGCGCGCAAUUUAUGGUAGUUCGUAGGUUUUAAACGUGAUUCACGCCAAAAAUUUAAGAUGCAUAUUGUGACUUUAGGUAUUUAUAUUAUAUAUAUUAUUAUAUUAUACAUACAUAUAUAUAUAGAUAUAAUAUUCGUAUAAGAAAACAAACAAAUCUCUUAUCACGCAACUCCAUUCUCCAAAUUUAACUAUAUGUAUAUCAGACGUCCAUCCGUUUUGUUAACGAUUUGCAGGAGUAGAAUUAAAAGAAAGACACCUCGCCAGUAUGUUUUGCGAUGUUAAUUUUAUGUUUAUUUCCCCAAAAGACGCAUUGUAUAAAUAUAAUUAAUAAAACAUUCUAACGAUCUUGCAAUUAUUGAUUAAGUAUGUUCCGCUGAGCCCCAAUUAACGAGCACUGAUGCAACGGAAAAUGGCGGAACGUAGUUAAAUUUACACGAAAGAUAGCUCAUUGUUAACAUUAUUUUAGCAAACGUUUAAAUUAUGUUCUUUAUAGUUUUUAAUGUGUAGAGUAUAUCUCAAUUAUGAGAGACUUUGCUUUACCAGGUUUUGCACAGCCGAGAGAAUUUCUGCGUUUGUUUCCAGCGUAUAUUAGGGAGCGAAUAAAUUGCAUUUCUCGUGCGGUCGAUUGCACCGGUGUUCGUGCGAUGCUUGAUGGCACUACGAGUUUCUAUUUUAUUACUAUUUCAAUUACUCGAGAUUAUUAAGCAACACACAUCAUUAUCAUAAAUGCACCCGCAGCUAUUUAAUGUACUGCCACGAAACUUAUAUUGAAAAAUAUAAUUACGAAAUUUCACCGCA